AUGGUGACCUUCUCUAUCCCCGGCGACGAUGAUGUCGCCGAGGUCGCAAACGGCACCCCGAAACCCCGUCCGCCUCUACCCUUUGCGAAGCGCACCUUUGCCGCGUCGCCCUUUGCGGGUGGCUCCUCCAAGCGCCACGGCACGCCUCAGACUGCCCCGACGCGCAAGUUUAUGUUGGGCACCCACGACGACAACCCCCCGAGCGGCCUGAGCAACAGCUCGAUAGCCACCGCCCGCAACAUCUUCCGGGAAUCCACCUUUAGCGACAGCCCGCCCUCGACUGCUUUCUCGCCGAGCCUCCCGCAUGGCGCAAUGAAGAAGGUGUUCGCCCCCGGCGCCACCCCCGAGUCGACGCGCACAUUUCGUCAGUCGACCGCGCAGGCGACUCCGCGAGGCAUGGCCGCCAAGGCGACGGACAAGGAGCUGUUUCCUAUGCGCAUCUCGUCUCCGCCGCCGGAAUUGUCUGGCGAAGUGCUCACUCAAAAGAUUCCCAAGGAAUGGAACUCUAAGGGAUCCAUCUACGCAGACCAGUUUCUAGCACACUUGUGCCCGCCAGGUCUCGAUGAGGAGCAGCGGCGCCAGUUCUUUUGCAUCCUCGAUCUUCGACGACUCAAAUACGCGGCUAACGAAAUCUUUUCUCGCAAAGACUGGAAGUUGAAUGUGAUCAAUUUUGCAAAGGAAUUCGAAAAGAGCCGUAGCAUCAUUCUCCUACGAUAUGGGCUCUACGAGUUCCAGAACGUCAAGCCCUCCAAGGAGGUGCUCAAGAGGUGGCGACGCGAGCACGGCCUCCCGGAGCCAGAGGAAGAGGAAGUCCCGCCCACCCCGUCAAAGAUGGCCUCGAUGAAGAAGCGCAAGGCCAGCGACGACCUCUCCAAGGACUCGGCCGCGGCAAGCCGCUCGAUGCUCAAAGGCAAGCGCAGAGCAAUGGAGGAGGAGGAGACGGUGGCGACUCCUGCACCGAGCAAGAACAAGAGAAAGGCUUCGGUCAGCGAGGAGCAGCCCUCCAAGUUGCAAAAGCCCGCGCCCUCCUCGGCCAAAUCGUUGUUUGAAAAGAUUGCCAACAAGCCAACCUCGGCCGCUCAGGCCUCUCAGACCCCGGCCAGCUCGAGGGUGAACCUUUUUGGUGCCAAGACAUCCACCAGCAGCAACCUGGCCCGCUCGGUCUUCACCAACUCAAAGGCUCUGGGUGGCCAGGGCGGCGCCCCAGCUGGAAGCAACAUCUUUGGCUACCUUUCCGACGCAAGCUCGGCCAAGAACAGCGGUGUCGAAGCCGAUGUAGAGAGUGAGAGUGAGACUGGCUCAGAGGAAGCAAGCCCCGGCGAGGGCCAGAGCGACGAGAGGAGUGUUGCUGCCAGUGGCACCGGCGAGGCUGGUUCCCAGGCCGGGUCCAGCUUUUUUGCAAAGCAGCCUGCGUCGCUGACCAGCGGUUCCGGCCCGGGCCUGUCGAGCAACCCGGGCACGAGGGAGAGCACGCCGGGACGAAGCUUGUUCGAGCGAGUCACAAAGGACAACGAAGGCCAGCCAGUUCGCGCCGAGAAGUCCGCUGACUCCUUGAACGACAAACCCGCGGCCCCGCGGGAUCAGACGUGGAACCCGAGCACCACCCCCAUCAAGUUUGCCUCAUCGACACCAGCCAGCGCUGCUCCUGCGGGCUCCGUCUUCGCCCCGAAGAGCACCACCACGACAAACUUUGGCACGGCCGGCCAGGAGACGUCAUCUGCAAAGGCAUUGUCGGCAGGUGCAAGCGCGGAGGAGGGGGCAAAGGAAGGCUGCGAGUCCGACAAGGAGAAUGAAUCGCAGCCCUCGAGAAAGUCUCCUUUCGAGCCCAAGGCGCCGGCCGCACAGCCGAGCCUGGGUUCCUCGCUGUUCCAACCCAAGUCAACGCCGACCGAAACCCCUCAAGGAUCGGAAGUCCCCAAGCAAAGCUCCAACAUGUUUGGCUCUACAGCUAAUAACGACUCAAAGCCUGAAGCGGCGCCGGCCACGACCAACAUGUUUGGCACAUUGGCCAAGGCGAGUGGCGCGACUUCUGCCACGACCCCUCCUGUUCAGUCGGGCUACACUUUUGGAGCGAAGCCUGUGCAAUCGGACAAGUCCGCCGAAUCCGAGGCCGCCCCCAAGGCCGGCCCCCUGUUUGGUGGCAUAAGCGCCCCUUCGACGCUCGGAAACACGGGCACCGCGUCGUCUGUGUUUGGGGUCAAUAAGCCGGCCUCCAAUCCCGCGAGUGGUCCAGGCAGCGGUGCCUCAACUCCAUCGGCUUCUCUUUUCGGCGCAUCCUCUGCUCAACCAAGUGGCUCCGCAGCUGCAAAGACUAACGACGCCGCGCUAUCCUCCACCGGUCCUCCAUCCCAUCCCCAGUUCGGUUUUGGGAGCGCGUCAAACGCAGAAGACGGCAAGCCCAGCUCGGGGACUGAGGCUACCCCCUCCAAGCCACUCUUUGGUGGCGCGCCCAAGUCUCCGUCUUCUGGUGCCAUCGGGAAUAGCUUGUUCAGCGGUAGUCCCAUGAAGCAAGAUGAGCCGUCGCCUGCCAAGAAGGCGUUUGCAGGAGCCAGCGGCGCGGGGUCGUCGGCUCCCGUCUUUAGCUUUGGCAACCCGCAAGCCGCGACCAGUAGCGCCCCAAGCAGCAGCAGCAUUUUCGGAGGGGCACCGGCACCCGCCGCCAGCAAUGCCGGCAAUGGUAGCGACCCCUUUGGAGCCGCAACACCGUCCAACGCCGGGUCUGGCGGCUUCAGCUUCAACUUUGGCGGCGCUGGGGCCUCUGGCUCGUCCUUCAACAACCCCUUUGCCAAGACGUCGAACACUGCAUCCGGGGCGCCCUCUGGCGGCGGCUUCAGCUUCGGAGGCGCUUCAUCGGGUCCCACCGGUGGCUCGUCGACUUCCUUCCAGUUUGGAGCAGGCGCUGCGGCGCAGGCGGCCACAAAUGCGGCGCCGGCCUUUGGUGGUGCCUCGACGCCCGGCGGUGCGCCGGUCUUCAACUUCUCGGGCCCCCCGUCCCAGCCCUCGCAGGGCAGCGGCACCAUGUUUGGGUCCAGCCAGGCAGUUCCCGCGUUGGGCGGCCUCCAGCCACCUGCUGGUGGAUCCUCGACCACGGGGACCAACUCUCCUUUGAACCUUGGAGGAGGCGGUUCAAGCCUGGCGACUACACCGGCCGCGGGGACCCCGGAACCUUGGAACCAAGCUGAAGGAACCACUGGCGGGGACCACGAGGGGGGCGAUAAGCAUGAGCAGAUCAACCUCACGGACGGGGUGGACGUGAACGAGGAGAUUGUCCACGAGGUGCGGGCCAAGGCGCUGAAAUUUGUGCCGCCGGCGGACAGCGACGGCAAGGGCAAGUCGAAGAGCCCGUGGUCGACCCAGGGCAUCGGCCCACUGCGGCUGCUGAAACACGAGGAGACGGGCAUGGUGCGGCUUGUGUUGCGAGCGGAACCGCGAGGGCACGUGGCGCUGAAUCGGGCGGUGCUGCCAAACAUGCCGUACAAGGCGGAUGAAAAAUAUGUCAAGAUUACGACAUCCAACGAGGACGGCGAUGGGCUGGAGACGUGGAUGGUGCAGGUCAAGACCAAGGACAUGGCGAAGGAGCUGGCGGAGGCGUUGGAGAAGAACAAAGAGCUGAACAAGCAGUAA